AUGUUUCGCUCUAGAAAUUACAAUGACCAGAUGCGGUAUGCUAACCCGAAUGCUGUGGCAGCUGCGUCAGCGCUUGGUAAUAUAAUGAUGCCUAAGCAGCCGCAGUCGCAAGCGCAGCCACAAGGGGCCAAGAGAGCUCCUGUUAGGUCCUCAUCCAUGAUGAAUAUGAGACGCGGGUCUUUGCUGAGAAAGCCUGAGGAGAAGAAAUCGACUCCCAGCAGAACUGGGUCCUUGGUGCAAAGGAAACCCUCAAUUACUAACCAGAAAAGGCAUUCAAUUUCGUCAACGCCUCAGAGCUCUGCUCCUAAUAGGACUUCCAGUCUACCCACGAAGAGAAAUAGUCUCGUGAGCAGGAGUGGAAGUUUUACCAGACGCAUGAAAAAUGCACAAUCUACUUUCAAUGAAUUCGGACCACAAGCAUCCGGUGUUGCUAAUGUUCGUAACUCAGGGGAACAAGUAGUUAAGAUGGUCACUAAAUAUAUUCCAGGUAAAAAUGGUUUAAUUGCAGUACAAGUUCCCGCAACAACAGAGCAACCUAGAAAGACUUCGUCACUAACAAGACGUCCAGGCUCUAUGACGUCUAUAUCAAACAAAAAUGGUCCAAAGAGAAAGAUCUCACAGCAAUCGUUACAUUCACACAGUGUUCAGCAAUCAAAUCCACAAAAACCAUCUAAGAAAAAGGAAGUAAUAGAUUCAUCAAAUCCUGAAGACUCAUUUAAUAGAGCAGUAGACAAAGUUGAUGAGUCAGUUCCACUAAUUGAGACAUCAAUGAGGGAAGAAACUGAACAAGAGCUUUUAGAACAGACUGUCGCCAUAGAUGAAUCAGUUAUUAAAGCAGAUGAGAAUCCUGCGGGUUUACAGAACCUAUUAGAAGAUAACAUAGUCCUAGAAGAGACCAUGGAAGAGCAAAAGAAGGAUGGAAAAGCUCCACUGGAAAAUGAUGCUACAUCUAAUGAAAAGGUAAAUAUCGAACCGCUACCAGAAGUAGCUGUGGACUCUACAGAUAUUCCAGCCCCACUUGAAGAAAGUGAACGCCAGGAGACUAAUAUUGCACCAAAAGAAGACUCUAUGAAGGAAGAAAUUGAACCAGAAGCACUAGAUAAUACUGCUAAAAAUAUCACGGAAUUUGAUUCAGAACAGAUGAAAGACAACAAGACUGUGACAGAUUCAAUCAAUGAGUUGGAAAAUAUACCUGGAACUAUGGAUAAUGAAAUGCAAGAAUUAAAAGAAUCCAUUGCCAACGAUAUUAAUUCUCAGUUAACUACAGAAGAAAUGAUCGAUGAAAUGGAAGGUUCAAAGACUGAUAUGAUGACCACAGACUUGAAUGAAAAAUUUUCUAAAGCAGAAUUAAGUGAACAAAAUUUGCCAGACAACAAUGACAGUCCAUUACUGAAACAACAGAAGUUCGAGGAAAAUAAACUGAAGGAAAGCAUCGAAGCAUUCGGUAAAGGAGCUAAUGAAGGUAAUGAGAACAAUGUGCUACAGGAUAAUGUGGUUGGAAAUGACAUAACAUUGCAGCAUGAUAUUGUAACCAAUAUUAGAUCAAAUGAAACCGUUAGUUCUCCUACUGAUUCUGAAUUUGUGGAUUCAAGCUCUGUAAUGGAAAAUGACGAACAGAAAGAAAAUGUAGAGAACUUAGCUUCAAAAAACAAAUCUCCUAAUAAACAGAAACCACAAAAUAUGGCGCAAUAUCUCAGAUCCGCUAAUCCUUAUCUGACAACGGGUGGUUCUGCUACGUCAGCUAAGAAAUCUCCUGCAACUUCACCCAAGAAACAGGGUUCAUCAGGACCUAUAAAAUCUGCUAUGAAGAAGUCAUCCAGACCGCUAAGCACUACAUCAUCAGUUUACUCGGAUAUCAACUCUCCCGCUGAUGGUGCUUAUCUGUCAUUGACUACCGCAGAGAAUACUAGAAUUAACGCUAAAUUAGCGGUUGAAGAACCUAUUGACUGGCAUCCAAAUGCCGACAAGAGCAAAAGAGCAAGCAUGCCGGUAAGAUCAUCAUCAAAGCUGUACAAGAAAACCAGUAACUCUCAAUCACAAGAAAAAGUGGGCUAUAAUAGAAGCAGCAGACAAUAUCAAGGCCCUAUUCAAACACCACCAAAUACUACAAAAACUCCAGGUGGUGUAACAAAAAUGGGUGUCGUAUCUGCUGCCGCAUUGUCAUCGAAUAACAAUGCUGCAGCUGCUGAGGAUAAGUCAAACCGUCAAUCUUUGUUAAAAAACCGUGCUUUAGAAAUGGCUAAGCAAGUGAACAUAACACCUAAGAAGGCCAAACCUGUAACCCCUAGUGUGCCAUCGAGCACGGUAACUCCACCUGCUGUUAAUCCAGUAUUAAAUGCAGCUCUUUACCCAAAAGAGCCACUUCAAAAGAAGUCUAGCUUUGAGAAAUUGAGGAACACAGAUAAGAACCUGGGUUUCAAAAAGCUAUCAUUAAGGGACAGCGCUUUUAUGGAUGGGGCAGAUGAGCAGGCUCUUGUCAAUGCAGGUUCACGCAAUAGCAUGAUGAAUGAAAGCCCAGGUCAGGCCCCUCCAAAAUUAGCUACAGCAUCUACUAAUUCAGGGUGGAAAUCCAGAUUUCAAGAUUCUGAUUCUGAUGUAGAACCAGUACAGGCAAAUGCUGCGCCUGUUGCUCCACCCAGGUCUGAAGAGCGUGUUAACGGGUUUUCUUUAUUCAAAAAGAAAUCAAAUACUGGAGGAAAUACUUUCCUAAAACCACCUCAACCUGAUUUUUCAGCCGGUUCAGAAAUGGGAGAGAAGGUAUCGAGAACUUCCAGCUAUAAUUCCUCACCAAACAAGACAUUAAACAACCAAUAUAGUAAAGGCUCUUUGAGAUCCUCUAGUAUGCAAACUGCUGGUCCUGGAUCAACAGCUAAGCCAAAUAUCUUCGCAAAUAUUGAGGAAACUGAGAAGAGAAUCUACAGUAACCCCGAAGUUAUGAGGAAGGAUGAGCAUAAUGAUGAAGGUGUUAAUCAUGGUUUUGGUAAGAAGUUGAAAAAACUAUUUGGCAGAAAGAAGCAUUGA